GACCAUGUUGAAAUGUCGGAUUCUGAUGCUUUACGUGCUGCCGUUCUUGCACUGCAGAGAAAAGAUGUACAAAUGAAAUCCGAAGAGCCAUCUUCCUCUGAACUUUACAUAGGCAACAGUGCAUUGGACGCUCUUGAAGCGCAACAGGAGAGUAAACAGACGACGGAUUGUGAUGUUUCGAAAAUCAAGGUUGAAUUCGACGCCCCGGCUCGUCCCAGCCUCCAGUACGACGGUGCACCGGCAAACCAUAGCACUCCUCCGCACGAUAGCACAAUGAAUCAAUACGAAAAUGGUCUGGAAUCAAUUGAAAUUGCGCAGCAAAUCCCCGAUUAUGGUCUGGAAUCAAUUGAAAUUGCGCAGCAAAUCCCCGAUUAUGUUUCUGGAGAAGACAGUGCUUCAUCGGCCUAUCACAACAAUGAUGCAUGGUGUGUUUCUGCUCGUGUCCCUCAGUGGGUUGUGAAGUGCGAAAAAGGUUUGGACUGCGACUUUUUGAGAACAAAUACUGUUGUCUUGCUGCAUGUGCUGGUGUUCGCUUGCAGUUGGGGCGUGUUUCAUGUGCCGGUGCUUCGGGUUGAGAAUUUUCAUGGAAAAAAGAAUGCUAUUGCGAUACCGGAACGAAACGGAUUUCGGCUUUACCGGAAGACACAUUUUACGGAGCAGCGCGAGUACUUCAGAUGCUCCGGAUGUGACUAUCUGAGACACAAAUACGGUGUAGACAAUAUGCCAGUUGCGAAAAUUGUAUUAAAAAAUGGCGAAGUGAUGGGCGACGCACGUCCGGCACACAACAUGCUCUGCCAGCUACGAAUGCCGUGGGAAUUCGAAGUGAGACAAGUGACCAGACGCACAAUAAAGCGACAUGACCAGGAUCACUACGCUUCUUCGGAUGCGAGCGAAGAGUGCUGCUGA